GUUCAGUUGUAGCAUCCAAUCAAAGGCUCAGAAGAAGGCUCCAGUAAAUUACUUUUGUGUUCCAUCAGCGCUUGGCAGACCCUGUUGCUAAUCAAAUUUCUCUUAAAAUAAUGGCAAGCACUUAGCAGAAACACAGACGUCACUUCGUUUUCAUAAACAAAAGCUACUUUACUCAGGGUUUCUUGGCAACCUAGAGUACCGGUAGUAUUCAGUCUUAAAUUAGAAGCUAAAAGAAUAGCUGGUGUUGGUGAUCAUGCCGUUAUGACAGUGGCAGCAGGAUACAGUUCCCUGCAUAGAUUAGGUCUUGUUCUCAACUUGGCAGAUGUCAACUGCUGCUGAACUGCACACUGAGGUCUUUGAUUCUCUGUGAGCGCCUUACAAAACCAAACUGUCCUUGGUCUGUGCUACUUGCCCAAGUGCUUUUUGUUAGACGCAAGUAAGACCAAGGCAAGAGGAAAGUUUAGUACACACAUAUUGACGGCUUCCUUCCCAACAGCGAGCUCUUCUGCUGGUUUUCCACAAACCUUGCCUAACGCACUUGAUCAGCUGAAUGCUUGAACUACAGCUGGGUUGAGUAGGUGAGAAAAUUAUUUGUGACUCGUAGCGAUCGCUGAUUACUUAUUGUAGUCCUGAACAAUUAAUACUGAUUCUAUUUUCCGCUGGAUAACAGUUUGCAAUCUGAAUUUGGAAAUGGUUUUUGCAAUUGGUCAGCAAGUCCAAACCAGAAAGUGAUAACAUCCUGUUAAGCAAGCAAGACGUAGUGAAUAUUUUAGUGAAUAUUUUGUAGAGGCAGCCUCGGUUCUUUUCUGUUUAUUGCUAUGAAGGUUGGAUGUUUUAUCGUUGCUCAAAAACGGAACGGAAAAAUCAUUUUAUUAAAUAUUAUCUCUGAGCAAAAAUUCUUUGUUUGGAUUUCCUAUACCGCCAAGUGCUACGAAGCUGUUGUAUUUCCAACUGCAAACUGUAAGAAGCAGAUGCCAAGUCUUGGAUCCCUUGCAUCUUGCCCUGUUCAAAGCAAACAUUUAUGGAAAUCAUACGCAAUUCAUAUUCGGUCCCUGUUGGUACUGGGAACUUAUCAGCGCCUAACAGCACCAUGGAGGCAGCUCCCAAGCACAGUUCACACAUUAAUAACGGCUCCACUGUAGCUAAAUUAGGAUUUGUUCUUCGAAGCACUGCCAAACUCAAAACAAGCUCUGCAUGUUGAUUUUAAUAAAUUAUUUUAAUAAAUAUUGACCACAGAUACUUGGUUAUAUGAAAACUAGAAUUUAUUUAUUUUUUAAUAAGAAAUGAACCCUGAUGAAAAGUAGAGGGAAACGUUGCUGCUUGUUCCCGGUACAUAAUCACUUCACAAUUUAAUAAGAUCAAUUUAAAAGAUUCCUGGCAACAGACACUCGAGUUUCAAAAGUACUUUCAAAAUCAAUAGGUGGUCGAAGGAGCUGAAUCGAAGGGAGAAUGACAGACACGUUAGUGACGCCACUGCACACAGACACAUCUGGCACUAAGACUCCCCAUCUUCUCAAAAAAAUUCAUCAAGGGGACAGGAAGGUUUAAUUCAUCCUGCAAAGGCUUCACACUUCAGAUGCAGGAGGAGAAUAAAGCAGACAACAACUUGCACUUCCUAACGCAGUGGUGAGAAUCUGGACUAAGAGGUAGCGGCAGGACCCCAGGCAGGAUGCACGUUCCCGGAGUGAAUUUGUCAGAGGAGUGGGAGACGAACAAGACCCAGGAGCAGAUGAGGAACAUCACCCACCUGCCCUAUUACCGGUACUCCUUUGCAGCGGCAGCUGGCUUAGCCCUCGCCUACCUGUUCAUCUCGGUCCUGUGUUUGGGGGGCAAUGGGCUGGUGUGCUACAUCGUGCUGAAGAACCACAGGAUGCGCUCCGUCACCAACCUCUUCAUCCUGAACCUGGCCUUCAGCGACCUGCUGGUGGGAAUCUUCUGCAUGCCGACCACGCUGGUGGACAGCCUCGUCACAGGCUGGCCCUUCAGCCAGACGGUCUGCACCUUGAGCGGCUUCAUCCAGGGGGUGUCUGUGUCGGCUUCCGUCUUCACCUUGGUGGCCAUCGCGGUGGACAGGUUCCAAUGCAUCGUCUAUCCCUUUCGGCAGAAACUGAGCCUCCCCAAAGCCCUCGGCAUCACCCUGCUGAUCUGGGUGCUGGCCGUUGCUAUCAUGUGCCCAGCGGCAGCCAUGCUCAAAGUGGUUCAACUGAACGACACUGACAUGGUCCACAAGAACGAGACAUACUCGCUGUACACCUGCUACGAGAACUGGCCUGAGCCAGAGAUGCGCAAAGCGUACACCACCGUCCUCUUCGUCCACAUCUACCUGGCGCCCCUGAGUCUCAUCAGCGUGAUGUACGGCAUCAUCGGGGCGAGGCUCUUCAGCUUCCAUGGGCCGGAGCGCAGGAGCUCUGGAGAGCUGCAAGGGGACAGGAGCUCCAUCUCCAAGAAGAAGAUGAAGGUGAUUAAGAUGCUGGUCACUGUGGCUGUGCUCUUCAUGGUGUCCUGGCUGCCUCUGUGGACCCUGAUGAUGCUGAGUGACUACGAGGACCUGGGAGAGGAGCGCCUCAGUUUCCUCGCCAGCUAUGUUUUCCCCUUCGCUCACUGGCUGGCCUUCUUCAACAGCAGCGUCAAUCCCAUAAUCUAUGGCUACUUCAACGAGAACUUCAAGAGGGGCUUUCAGGUGGCUUUCAGCUCCUGCCACUGCUCCCGGGAAACCGAGCAGCCGGUGGUGUACUUUGAGAGAUCCAGGAACGCCGUCUUCAUCGUGAGCAACAAGGUCUCAAGCGGUGAGUCGAUGGAACAGAGCCGGGCACGGCAGGGUAAUGGGGAACCGGCCCCAAAGCAAACACAGCCAAGGGUGAGGGGCAUUCUCUUGGAAGAUAUCGACAAGAUUACUACUGACAAUCGAGUUAGCGUAGCCUGGGAGAAAUGAAGGACAGACCACUGUCUUGACUGUCACUGUGUGUACAGUUUACUGGAAUUAGUUUGUCAGCUUGGUGUCCUUUUAGAGUUCUUGUACAUACCUAUAGAAGCGUUCUUCACGCAUUUCUGAAUAAUUUAAUAUGCACACUCUCUAAUUGCUUAAGGUCACCUAGCUUGGGUCUCCUAGCUGCCCCUUACUUACCCCUACCCCUUAAGUCUUUGGACAACUGGGUCAGGGCUUGGAUUUGGAAUUCAUUACCAAAAGCCCUCAGGUACUCAGUCAUUAUAUUUUCAUACAUGUUCCACUAUUUACCUAAAAGGAGAAGGAGUAAGAGAGGCUGUGUGUUUACGGCUCUGUAUUGCAGAGCAGCAGCUGAAAUGUCCACAUCCCAGUUUGCUUGCAAUCGGCUUUUAAAACACUCCGUGUGGAAGUUAAUAGCCUUUGACUGCUGCUCUCUUGUAAACGUGAAGGAGGACAGCUUUUUCCUUGUUUUGAAAUCUACACAUUAAUGAAUGGAUUUAUUGAAUACCCGUCAAAUCUUUUUUAAAUCCUUCUUUUAAAGGCAAUUCCGGGUCCCGGGUCCCUGCAUCAACCCCUCCGUCGGCUGUGUCCGAUUCCCCUCGUGCUUUUUGGGUACGACCGUGUUUUCGCGC